AUGCGAUUUUCGCUGUGGGCAGCUAUAGGAGCUCUAUGGCUUGCGCCUGUUACCCUAGCAGGGACUCCAGCUAAGCGCACGUACGACUCUCAUCAUUAUUAUGUUGCAGAAGUACAUGCGUCCGAGUCCUGCGACAAGGGCGUAUCGCCUGAGCUUGUGGCCCGGGCACUUGGUGCGGAUAUGGUGGAGCGUGUAGGUGAGCUGCGGGAUCAUUGGCUUCUAAAGGCCCCCAAGGGCAGCGAACAUGCUCGCCGCUCUGUCGUGGCCGAGGUGGACGAACAGCGGGACCCUGUGCUUCAACGCUAUGCGUCGUGGAAACACGCAGAUCUGGAGCGACGCGCAUGUUUUGAUGAGUACUGUGUGCCCUUGAAAUGCUUGGUCUCUUCCGUCCGCUCCUUGGAGCGCCAAAAAGUUCGCUGGCGUCACAAGCGCUCGGUCAUUUACGACCCCAACGUCAUGCGCGAUAUAUACCCGACCCUCUUGCCUCCCAUCCCCACAACGGAGGAAUGGAUGAAGGAGCGUGCACCAGUGCCAGCGCGCAACAGGACGGCAGAAUUUGCCGAGACCUUUCAGGUUCGAGACCCUCUGUUCUACAAGCAGUGGCAUCUUGUAAAUAAUGAGCUGCCUGGCCAUGACCUGCAUCUCGAAGGUGCAUGGAAAGCAGCAACAGGCAAGGGUGUCACAGUAUCUCUAAUUGAUGAUGGUAUUGAUCAUACGCAUCCGGACCUCGCGGCCAACUUUGAUGCAAAAGGAUCCUAUGACUUCAACGACCAUACGGAUUUGCCAGAGCCACGUUUGCCUGACGACAUGCAUGGCACUCGCUGUGCGGGUGAAAUUGCCUCCCUCAAAAACGAUGUAUGUGGCGUGGGUGUCGCGCCGGAAGCCCACGUAGCAGGUGUGCGCAUCCUGUCCGGUCCUAUCAGUGACGCCGACGAAGCAGCUGCACUGAAUUACGGAUACCAGACCAGCGGCAUCUACAGCUGCUCAUGGGGCCCUUCCGACAAUGGACAAAGCAUGGAUGCCCCCAAGGGCCUUGUCGCCAAGGCGCUGUUAAAUGGCAUUUACCAUGGGCGUCAAGGGCGUGGCAGUCUUUUUGUUUUUGCCGGCGGCAAUGGUGGUGCAUCGGAUGACCAGUGUAAUUUCGAUGGGUAUACCAAUUCCAUCUAUACCAUUACGAUCGCGGCCGUCGACAGCCAGGGCCACCGCCCAUACUACUCGGAAAUGUGCAGCGCCAUCAUAGCCAGCAGCUGGAGUUCUGGCAAGGGCGAGAUGAUUCACACGACGAAUGUGCGAGGUGUCUACAACCGCACCUGCACCUCGUCGCACGGUGGCACAAGCGCAGCGGCCCCGCUGGUGGCGGGCAUGCUUGCCCUCGCCCUGGAAGUGCGCCCUGAUCUGACGUGGCGCGAUGCGCAGCAUCUACUGAUCAAGUCUAGCAGCGUGACUAGCCCAGAAGACCCAGAUUGGCAACGCACGGCGGCAGGAUACAUGUACAGUCACAAGUUUGGCUUUGGUGUGGUGGAUGCUACGCGGCUUGUGAACGAGGCAAAGAAGCACACACUCGUGCCUCCCCAGGCCUGGUAUGAGAUGCCGCGCCAGAAUGUGGACCAACCGAUCGAUCCAAGCCAAUCGGUCAACUCGACAUUUACAAUUACGCGCGAGAUGAUUGACCAGGCCAACUUGGCAUCAUUAGAACACGUAACGGCCACUUUUUGGAUUCGCCACCGUCGUCGUGGUGACGUCAAGGUCGUACUGUACGGUCCACAUGGCACCAAGAGUGUGCUGGCAAGUCCGCGACGGUAUGACGGUGAUACGGGCGGUUUCCCAGGCUGGACCUUCAUGACGCUAAAACACUGGGACGAGGAUCCCGUGGGCACAUGGACAGCGGAAGUGUCAGAUCACACGCAGAUGGUGGAUGAGGAGAAUCCCACCGAGGCAGGUCAUUUUGAAGGCUGGUCGCUUUCUCUCUGGGGUGCCGCGAAGAAUGCCAGUCUUGCCCACCCAUGGAACUUCCCGGCAGACUCGGAGGAAUACAAACUAAGUUUACCGGCAGCGCCGAGCACCACCGUCCUAGGGUCGCCGCCUGCGCAGCAGCCUACAAUGAGUGCUUCUGCAGAAUCUUCGCGCAUUCUUGUCAAGCCGACACAUGCACUGCCCACAGACCACUUCCAAGACCCCGGUGAGACGAAGCAUGUAUUUGGCCAGACAUACGCGCCCCAGAAGCCUGAAGUUGACACCGCGUACUUGCCGUGGUCGAGCCAGUUGUCCAGUUUCGCCUAUAUUUUGGCAGGCAUUUUGGUCGUGGCCCUGAUGGUUCUCGCCAUCUACAUGCUGUAUCGGCGGCACCAGUCCCGCAUGAGCGGGCGUUACGAGCACGUGCCUGCUGACGACGAGGCGAUUCAGCUCAACUGGCAGCCUGGCCAGCGCGGAGGCUCGUCGCAGCUGCAAACACGAGAUCUAUACAAUGCUUUUGCGCUUGACGAUGACGAAGUGGACGAAGAAGACUCUGAGCCCACGUCCUUGGUGAACCACGGAGAGACCCAGAAGGAGGAGUCCCCAUUUGCAGAGACAUAG